AUGUUAAAAGAAACAGACAGCGAUGUAAGGCCUGAAUCAUCUAUUUACGUUUCUUGCAGAAGCUUGCAGCGGUUCAUCAAAUAUUUGUGAAGGUUGGUCUCAGGAAAUACACUGUGUACUUAGACAAAUGCGACUCGGAUUCAAAUGUCGUCGUUCUUUGCAUCGACCUCUGCGCUGCUGGUCUUGUGGAUUCAAAAGUUUUCAGAAGUCUGAUUAAGCAGGUGUUUUCUCUACUUAAGCCAUCUUCAGAGUUCCUGGUAAAGGUAAAUUCGAUUUUUUAUAACUAAAAUUUUAGCUUCUCGACCGUUUUCUGGAGAAGGAUUCAUACAAACCAGGCUUUGUGGUGGUUCCAGUGAUUUUGAACCGAGUUGGAAACGCUGUGUUGACGUUAGAUAGAAUAAAAAAGAUGGUUCACUGGAUUAAUGAGGGUGCAAAACAUGGGGCACACAUCCGACAUCUUUGCGAUAAACCGUGUGAAGCAACAUUGAAGGCCAUUCUGGGUAUGGAUAAUUCGAGAGAAUUAUUAAACGAAACUUUGGAAUUUGCUAAUUUGUAAGUAUCCAUAGUUUUAUAAUAUUUCUUAUAUUCAGAUUGGGGAAUUUGGAGAAUUGGAGGUCAGGAUGGAGAGAUUUGAAGGAUAAGAGAAAGCCAAUGUACAAUGAUGUUUUUGAUCGUUUUUAUGCUGAAACGGCCAAUGUUCAAGACGAUAUUUCUAGCCUCAAUGAUGAAAAUCAAUUUGAAAAAGUUGCAAAGGAUGAAGAUGAAGAAUUGGUAAUUCAAUUGAAAACUUGGAUGGUUGAUGCCGAAAAAUGUAAGGCAGGUUCUGUUUUGACGAUGGCCGACAUUAUGGAAACCUUAAGUUACGAAGAAAAACGACCUGGAAAUCAUGAAAUGCCCAGAGAUAAGAUUAACAAGUUCUAUAAAUCUGUAAGAGUAGGUAUUCUUUUCAGGAACAUGAGAUAAACAUGUUAUUUCAGGACCAUGUGUAUAAGUUAGCAGAGGACGAGAGUAUGUCAUCUUUGUUAGUGGUUAUGAAUAUUGUAUUGAAUACACACUCCAAGAAGUUGAUUGAUCUCGGUAAUACUGCGCUCAUACGAUUAGCCGUAUCUUUGAAAGAUGAUGCUACGAAAGAAAUGGUAAAAUCUAAGGUAAGUAUAAGAUUUGCAAGUUUACUAUCUGUUCUUAGGUGUUUGAUAUACUCAACUCAGAGUCUUGUUUAAGACUGCGACCAUACGCAUUGUCCACAGUACUAACAACCCUGAGCAGAUAUGGAUUUCUCGAUCCUCAAUGUGUUAUUGAACACUUCCUAAGCCAGGCUUCUCUUCGUAAGUCCUCCGUGAAGUGAGCUAAUGUAACUUUAGCGUCGAAGUCAGUGAUCUGGUUUAAUGACAGUACAUUAUCGAGGUUGUUUGAAGUCCGGAUGAUUCCUCUUAAUUAUUUGAGCCUUUUAAAAAUGUUCUACUCUAGGAAAGCAUACUCUUACGUCAGGAGCUUCUGUAUGUGCCGUUUUCACUUUUUUUCGAGAUUUUAGAUCAAUUAUCUUCUGCUGUGUUUUGCAAUGGUUCUGUAUCGUUGAGUUACUUUUACUAUGCCGAUCAAGGCCUUUUGGAGAUUAUUUUUGAAGUUUUGGAUGAAUUGUGCGACAUGAAGAUGAAUUAUACAAGCCUAGAAAUGUUGCAGAGCUGUUUAUUGGUUCUUGAAGUGGUAGAUCCGUUUGAAUUCCCUGAAUCAUUAGCUUCCAGAUAUACGGAGAAGUAAGUUAUUAUAAUUUCUUUUCAAUUAUAUUACGCUUGUAGACACCGGAAGCUUCUGAACGAGAAACUGACUUGUCUAUUCCAAAUUGUUCCCGACUUCUCCUUCAAAAUAAGACUCCAAAAAAUGCUAAAAACCUUUUCUUGUUCUUGUUAA